AUGCACAUCGUUUGCGCUCUCUUCAACCCCGGAUCGGAACUUACGCUCAUUUCUGAAAGUUUAAGUCGGGAAUUGAAAUUACAGCGCUUUCGUCUGCCUGUUUCGAUUUCCGGGGUCGGAUGCGUGGAUGCCGGAUCGUAUACAUACCCCGCUCAAAUCGAACUCUCGUCGGUGCAUUCGCCCGAGUCGGCUUUUUUAGUCAUUGCGACUAUCAUGCGCUCACUUACACCGUAUUCUCCGUCGCGCGCUGCGUCUCAGGACCCAACAAGCGCUAAUCCGAUUGAAAUUAUUAUCGGUGCCGAUCUCUACAGUGAGAUUCUCCUCGAUAGCCGUCGGAAAGGAGAAUUCGGUCAGCCUUACGCGCAGAACACCAUCUUUGGAUGGGUACUCUCCGGACCGACGUCCUCUUCGCCGUUCCUCUUGUCGGCAUCUGUUUACUGUUGCUCGCAUGUGACGUGCUCAAGCGGUGAUUCGCCCACGCUUGAUCAGGCAUUGAGACGAUUCUGGGAAGUGGAGGAGAGUCCGCGGAAGAUAGUGUUCACUCCGGACAAAUUACAAUGUGAAGAGCAUUUUCUCACAACGCAUUCGCGUUGUUCUGACGGGCGGUACAUCGUCCGUCUACCAUUCAAGAACGGUCCGCCGAUCAAAAUCGGAUCAUCUCGCGGCGCAGCUACUCGUUGUCUCAGCAGCUCACUCCGUCGAUUUCGAAAAUCGCCGGAUCUUCAAAAGGAGUAUUCGGAAUUUUUGCGCGAAUAUGAAGAGAUGGAUCACAUGCGGGAGUCGCCUCCCCUCUCCAAAUCGUCUCAAUGCGUAUUUAUUCCCCGUCAUUCUGUCAUCCGCGACGGGAGUAGCACUACGCGUCUCAGGGUAGUGUUUAAUGCAUCGAGUGUUACCUCCAACGCGACUUCGCUCAAUGACCACAUGCUAGCAGGACCGAAGCUUCAAACUGAGUUAACCGCGGUUAUUUUGCGUUGGCGUCAAUUCCGAUAUGUUUACUCAGCGGAUAUCGCAAAAAUGUAUCGACAAAUUCUUGUCGAUCCGCGGGACGUGGACUAUCAACGCAUUCUCUGGUGCAAAAGCAAAUCUAGUUGCCCUCGUGAAUAUUAA